AUGCACUUAUCGAGUGAAGUGAGUUCGACGACUAAUGGACUGGGCCAUGAGGCGCCGUCGUCGAGCUAUGGUAGUGGUCUGCCGAGCCAACCACUCACCGCUGAGCUGCUUGCUGAGAGAACAUUGGAAGGAUUACUCGCUGACCAUCCUGGGGAGUUAGUUAAGACUGGAAGUCCACAUGUUGUUUGUACAGUACUGCCACCUCACUGGCGGUCGAAUAAGACAUUGCCGGUGGCGUUCAAAGUGGUGGCGUUGGGUGACGUCGGGGACGGCACUCUGGUGACAGUUAGGGCUGGCAACGAUGAAAACUGUUCCGCGGAGCUGAGGAACUGCACGGCAGUCAUGAAGAAUCAAGUUGCGAAGUUCAAUGAUUUGAGGUUCGUGGGAAGAAGUGGAAGAGGUAAAUCGUUCACGCUUACCAUAAUGUUGGCAACAUCACCACCACAAGUUGCGACGUACCAAAAGGCCAUCAAGGUGACCGUGGACGGACCCAGGGAGCCAAGAUCGAAGACACGCCACCACGGGUUCCAUCCCUUCCAUUUCGGACCGAGGUUCGCGCCUGAUCCCCUCAUGGGAUCUUUACCGUUUAAACUAUCAGGUAUAGCACAUCAAUUAGCUGGUCUGCCGGGUGGCGAGUGGGGUGCGUUAGCGCGGCAUUAUCCCCCGCCUUUGCUACCGACGCACGCGCACUUCACCCCGCAUGUACUUCCGCCUGCGCACACGCAGCCACAGCAUGUUCCUCCGCCACAUAUUGAUACAGAUACGACGUCAGAGAACCCAAUAACGAUGCUUGCGCACAGCACGACCAGUCCUGUCAACUCUCGCCCGAGUUCACCACAAGACGACGACAUAUCUGUCACCGCUUCCAGCAGUCCACCUCCCGACGACCGUCCAGGAGCUUUCACCUCUGUCACCAGAACUAGAAAGCCGCUGCAACCCCUGCCAGCACCGUCCAGUCUCUUCCACAGCGCUUUAGCAGCACAACUAUUCCUUAAUUCUCCGCUUCUACCGACACCGCCCGCGUGGCUGUAUUCCCAACUCUACGGUGGCUACGACUGGUGGUUGAGACCACCUGCGCCACAAGAGGAUUCCAAUUCGAGUCCUGACAGAGAAGAGGAAGGAUCAACCGCGUCAGGCCCGGGAAAGAAAAGGCCAGCGUCCCCGGAGUGGACCGAUCAAGGAGUCAGAACUCGUAGCAAAUCACUCAUAACUUCGGAUAGACGGCCAGUGGAUGUGUGGCGUCCGUAUUAAAAUUUAAACUAAAUUAUAAAAGACAGUUCAUAACCACUAACUG